CGAGAACCGAUCGCGCGCCUCAAGUGUUUCAUCGCGUUUCAUCGUCGAGCAGUGGAAAACCGUUCCUGAGCAUCGCGAACCUCGGAUCCGAUCCGGCGGGCUGGUGUGCAGUUCCUUCGAUGCCAGAUACGCUCCAUGGCAGUCCAUCAAUCGCGAUUGAACAUUGAUUAAACAUAUUAAAAAAUCUCGUAAACUGGUCAGUCACUCGGCAAGAAUGGCGACAAGUGAUCAACAAAUGAGGGCAAUCAAGCGGAAUGUCCUGUGUACUUCGAGGCGUCGAGUUUAUGCGACCGCCGCUAAGCAGACAACAUCAACGGCCAAGAGCUGCCUCUCACCAUUUUUAUGGUCUGUGCUGUUUUGCCUUACCUUUGCCUUUUGUACGGGCGAACUAAUCUCCUUAGAAGAGCUUGCAAAGCACGUGAAACAACAAGAUUUACUAAACAACGAUACAGCCACCAAUAAUUCCGAUCUUCCGCAUCCGAUCGUCACGUUCCCGACGGAUCAUAAUGUAACGCAGCUCCCCGAUACCUCGAUGAUAUCACCGAGACGGCACAAAACGCGCCGAAAGGGCACAACCGGUGCAAACAAUUCGCAUCGCAGUAAGCCGAAAAAACGAAAAAAUGUUAUGCAGAUGGCGUUGCAAUCGGCCGCACGCAAGGGACUGGAAGCGAUGAUCGAGCUGUACGAUCGAGCGGAACCGGAGCUACUCAAACGAGGAGCCGUGUUGGACGCAAACGACCCAGGAGCAUUGCUGGCGCAGUUUAGUGCCUCGAACCAAACGGAAAUGGAUGCUAAAGCUGCCUACGCGACACUUGUCGCUGCAAAAACAUUCAAAGAAAGCACCAACGUCGAGUACGUUGCGAUCGGUCGACAAGCGCCACCGAAAAUUUCGCUCAAGAAAACACCGCUGGAAAAGUUGUGUCCGUCGCGGGAAGCACCACGCUGUGUGCCGGCUAGUUUGCGCUACAGAACGCACGAUGGAACGUGCAACAACGCUCGCCGACCGCGCUGGGGAUCGGCCCAGAUGCCCUUCCAUCGGUUUCUGGCCCCGGAGUAUCAGGACGGCGUCGAGGGAAUACGUCGAUCCGUAACGGGUGCCACGCUUCCCUCGGCCAGAUUCGUCAGUCUCGUGGUCCAUGGGUCCCGCAACGAGGAAGCACCCGUGACGAUGAUGCUAGCCCUCUGGGGACAGCUGAUUGACCACGACCUCACGGCCACGGCUCAGCCACGCAGCAUCAACGGUUCGACGCCGCGUUGCUGCAACGGAGGCGAAGAGAGUACGCAUCCGUCCUGUUUGCCGAUCAAAGUCCCGCAAGACGACCCCUGGCUAUCGCAUCUCGGUGUGCGCUGUCUGGAGUUUCUCCGCUCGGCCCCAGCUCAACGGCGCGACUGUCUGCUGUCGUGGCGGGAGCAAACCAAUCAAGCGACCUCCUUCCUCGACGCAUCCCCAAUCUACUCGAGCAAUCCACGUUCGUCGGACAAUGCACGGAUCUUUCGUAGCGGUAUGCUGCUUUUUGGCCGUGGUCCACCCCACGAGGACGUCUGCUUUCGGGCAGCCCUGGCGAACCAGUGCAUACGGCCCGGUGACAGCCGGAGCGGUGAGCAACCGGGCCUGCUUAUGAUGCACAUGAUAUGGGUGAACGAGCACAACCAGAUCGCAACGCGCCUGUCCGACAUUAACCCACACUGGAGCGACGAGAAAGUGUACCAGGAAACGCGACGCAUCGUGGGGGCGCUUUUCCAGCACAUUACCUACCGCGAGUUUCUGCCGCUGGUGCUGGGCAAGGAGGUGUGUCGGCUGUUCGACUUGGAGCUGGAAACGAGCGGCUACUACCGGAGCUAUGAUGCGAACGUGAACCCCACCAUAGCCAAUGAGUUCUCGGCCGCCGCAUUCCGGUUCGGGCACUCGCUUAUCCAGAGCACGUACAUGCGUGCGGACCGCCAUCACCGGUUCAUCGCAAACAAUGUCAGCCUGCACGAGGACACGUCCGAGGGUGACUUUGGAGGUCCGGGUUCGUUGCACCGAUUGCUGCGGGGAAUGGUCAACCAGAGGGCGCUGAAGCGCGACGAGUUCAUCACGGCCGAGCUCACCAACCAUCUGUUCCAGACGAAGAGUUUCCCGUUCGGUCUCGAUUUGGCUGCGAUCAACAUCCAACGGGGUCGCGACCAUGGGCUGCCGGCGUACGUCAACUGGCGUGGUCCGUGCGGUCUGUCCAACAUUAAAGAUUGGUCCGAUUUGGAACGUGUCAUGGGUCCGGCUUCAACGAACCGUCUCCGGAAGGCCUAUCGCACCGUUGAUGACAUUGACUUGUUUGUCGGCGGUUUAGCUGAACGGCCGGUGGUGGGUGGCAUCGUGGGGCCAACCUUCUCGUGCAUCAUUGCCCAACAGUUUAGCAAUUUGCGCAAAGGUGACCGGUUUUGGUACGAAAAUUCGGGCUUCGAGUCGUCGUUCACGCCUGCCCAGCUCGAAUCGAUACGACAGGUGGCGUUUUCGCAAGUGCUUUGCCGAGCGCUGGGUGGCGGCGGAACACUACAACCGUUCGUGUUUCUUCCGUCCGAUUUUGGCCAGAACGAAAGACUACCGUGCGAAUCGAGACUGAUGGCACCGAUCGACCUGACGCCCUGGAAAGAACGUGACCCAUUCAAUAACGACCCCGGAGACGAAGACGAGGACGAAGAAGAUGACGAAGAUGACGACGAGGACGAAGAGGACGAAGCGAGACCAGCCAAUGGAACCGUACCGACAGCCGACCAAGCGACUGCCCAAUCCUCGACCUUUUCCUCAACUACGACCACUACGCGACGCCCCUCCCUGGUACUAGACACCCCCAGUAACGUCAUCAACAAGGUGGACCUCAUAACGAACGGCAAUACCGGUGUGCAACCGAACCGACAGAGACCGCAGUCUUCGACGCUGACAGUGGGACCGACGGUUAUUAUAAGCAACAAACUAGACCUGACACCGACACCAACCAACAGACCAACACCUGCCAGUGGACAGUCCUCGACUCCGACGGUUAUAGAUCACAAACUCGACCUGAAAGUGACUACGAAACCUACUCAGAAACGCAAACCUACACGCAAAACGACUACCAAGAAACGACCAACAUCGUCGGGCACCAGACCGUUAGUGACCAGCAACCUGGACUUUUCUGCCUCACGCAACACCAACGGAACGAUUACCUCCGACACAGAACCUACCGACCACCAACAAGAACUUGUACGCACGAGACGGGAAGUGACCAACGUUAGGGAUGUGGACGCACGGUACGGGUACUAUCAAACACCUUCGCCACCACCCGACUACGGGGACUACGACGCGGAUUACAGCACGGACAACGAGCCUCCACCACCGUACCUUGCCUACGGCUACCAUCUACCAACUACUACUACGAGGACGACUACAUCGCAACCACUAGUGUUUGGGUACUAUCCUCCAUAUGGAGGGAACUACUACAUGGCUCCACCGACACCACCUCCACCCCCUCCUCCACCAAACCCUUGCCUCGACACCCGCAGACCGUUACGAACGACGCCGACGACGACGACACCACGACGUAGACUCACGGACAAGCACACGCUAAACGCAGACGUACCGCAGCGACCACGGACAUCGACGUUUAGACCUCCGACCGACCAGAACCUUCACAAACCACCACCAUCCAAUAAACCAUUCAAACAACCCUCUCUCGCACAAUCUUCUGUCUUUUCGGUGGACUUUAGAAGCCUUCCCCUCACCGGUGUCCGUCGCCCUUCCACUAACAGUAGCAGUAGAUCCUUACGCCAUGCUAUCUCUACUAGUAACACCACUGUCGCCUCCAACGGUUCCUCUACUCGCUCCGUUUUUCCUACUUCCGGGGAUGUUCCUAUGAAGCUUUCCGAAUCUUUCUCUGUCUAUGACUACGGCAAUGACUAUGACGAUACGGUACCGAACCCGACCCGACAUACGACUACUACCGGCGACUCUAACGACGCCGACCGACUGACGGUUCUUCCGCUUGACGAGCACGACGGCUAUCUGCGACCGGAACAAACACACUACGAACCACUUGUACGCCAAUCCGGCACCACUACGGGUCACGCUUACCGAGACUAUUGGACGCGGGACGGGACAAGGACGAGAUUCUAUACUGACUAUCUGACCGACAGAACAUUGCGACCUCUGUACGACAACCGUACGCAACAAGACUACUACUACUACAGAUACGCACCCGAACAUGACAAGCCACUACUGUUGGACGACUACUCAGACAAAUUUGUUGGACAGCUACUGAACGGAGAAAAACGUGACGCUACAUCUUCACACGAUGACAAUGGACCGCCGGCUAGCUUACCGAACCACAACCGAAGACUUAGAACGAUCGACUCUGACGGAAAACAUAAAGACGCUCGCUACAAAACUGACCAACGAUCGAUAAGAGACGACACAACGAAAGACAGGACAUUGACAACGAAACUGAAAAACAAACGACCGACCAACAAUCGACUCAAGACGCCGACCAAGAAACCGAGUGCCAUUUCCUUGGUACCGUUUGUACUGCUGACCAGCAUAGACAGACCAGACAAUUGGGUAAUGUAUCAUUCCAAACCAUCGAAACAGCGCAAACCGCCGGCGACGGUACCACUGCUUAAGAGUGAUGCCCUGUCGCUCAGCGAACUCCCGUCACCGAUUGCCGAUCAGGAUUGAGCUGGAUGUUGCAUGUUUCAACAAACGCAUUUCCAUGACUAUUUUACUGCAUACUCACUACAUUAUCAUCAGCGUAUGGCUAUUUAUUUAUUCCACAACAUUAAAUAAACUUUAUAUUGAUGAACGCA